GACGAGGAGGCCGUUCACUACAUGCAAGCGCUCAUUGAUGUGAGCGUUAAAGCAGUCAUUCCAGCCGUUGUCGAGCAGAUCCACAAAAUGGCUCAGUAUUGGAGGAACUGAUUACUGAUUGCCUUAUCAUAUGUGCCUUAUAUUCGGCUUAUUAUUUAAAUUGAAUUCAUAUAAAUUGGAAAUUAUCGACACUUUUCAUAAUUUAUUCAAUAAUGUAUGAAUUUUGAGUUUAAAUAUAUUUUAAAUUAUUAAUGUAUAGAACGGCUUAUAAGGCGACCAAACUGUCCAAAGGUUUUAGUUCACACGAAAG